AUGGCGUGUAAUGUGUUCGGCAACCCCAUCGAAAACUCAACGUUGAACGGGAUGACGGAGUACAAGUACACACCUAUAGAAAGAAAAGACAGGGCAAAAGUGGCUCUGCAGAUGAAAAACGUCGGGGACAAGGACUGCAAAGCCCUUACAUUUGUGGAGAAUUUGAAGAAGCAGCAUGGUGACGGAAUUUCUACACUUUGCCUUAUUUACAAUGCAACUGGGGAUAACUUAACCUGUUCUAUAAGUAAGGACUGGUGUGGGCACAUUGGACACUUCCCCUACCCUGCACUCAUUGCAAAUGGGCAGUGGGGUGCCUUUCUGCAUGUCCAAAAACUUGGACCGAUUGAAGGAUCUGUAGCCACUGUUGUGUACAACGGCAAGAACAGAUAUGGAGAAGAAAACGGCCUGCUGCUGGCAUGGAGCAACAAUGGGUGUGAAAACAAGGUGUUUACUGAGAGCCGACCUGCUGAACACUAUUUGGAUAAUGUGGAUUGGAUCCCCCUAAUCCAUGAUUAUGUGGAUAAAUCUGGCUCCUACAAAAGUGAGAAACGGGGUGGAUGGUUCUCAACUAUCUCAACUGGCAGUGGCACUUCCCCAAUAGUUGAAGCAAUAUUCACGUUGGACGAUGCUUAUUGA